AUGAGAGGAACUAUUCUUCAUAAAGCACCUUGUGAGCUCAUCUCUACUAACCUUCCAAACAGAAAUCCAGAGCUGAAGGGACGAGUGGACCUGGUGCAGAAAAUACUGCAGCAUGUUGAAAAUGACACAAAACUCAUUCUCCUGACUGGCAUGGGGGGCAUAGCAACAGACACUCUCCUUAUCCUUGAUAAUAAUGACAGCAUUUUGAGUUCACGCCAGCAAGAGUUUCUACAGUUACUAGAGGAAGUCCUGAAUUCAUCAAAACACAUCACUCUUUUAUGCACCAGUCGUGAAUCCUUCAGUCUUCUGUCACAAACCACAGUUACUAUAGACAUCCCUCCUCUUGAUAAAACAUCUUCACGGGAAGUCCUUUGGGAGGGAUAUACAAUCAGCCCCACGGAUAGUGAGACAGAAGCUUUAGGUGAAAUAUCAGAGAGAUGUGGCCACAAUCCCCUUGCAUUAAAAUUAGCAGCUACCCAGAUCAAGCUCAAAACAGUACAUAAAGUGUUAGAGAAAAUGAAACGCACAAAGGUCCUCCCCUCUCUUCAGUUACCUAACAUUCCAGCCUCCCAAGGUAUGCUUACCUGCCUAGAGAUGUCUUACGAAACACUGAAUGACACAGAGAAAAGGGUGUUUAGGGGACUGCAUAUAUUUCCUGUUGCAUUCAAUUCAGAAGAAGUCUCAGAGAUUUUGGAGAUGGAUGAGGAUGAAUGUGAAUCUGUCCUUGACAGUCUUAGCAAUAAGUCACUUUUGAAUUUGGUCCAAAAUACCUAUGAUUUGCAUCCUUUGUCAAUUGAGAGAGAAUUAAACAUAAAUUUUGAAGGUCAAACAAUUGAAGAAGCAGACAUACGCAACGAUAUUGGUUGUGUACUGAGAAACAUGGGUAAGUACAAAGAGGCACUUGGCUAUCAUAAAAAAUCCCUAGAGGUAAAGGAGGAGGUCCUAGGUCUCAAACACCCUGACACUGCUACCUCAAACAACAAUAUUGGUAUUGUACUACAAGCCAUGGGUGAGUACAAACAGGCAUAUGACUAUCACAAAAAAUGCCUGGAGGUAAGGGAAGAGGUCUUAGGUCUCAAACACCCUGAUACUGCUAUAUCAUACAACAAUAUUGGUGCAGUACUAGGUGCCAUGGUUGAGUACAAAGAGGCACUUUACUAUCACAAAAAAUGCCUGGAGGUAAACAAGGAGUUCCUAGGUCUCAACCACCCUGAUACUGCUACCUCAUACAGCAAUAUUGGUAUUGUACUGGGAAACAUGGGUAUGUACAUGUACAAAGAGGCACUUGACUAUCAUAAAAAAUGCUUGGAGGUAAGGGAAGAGUCCCUAGGUCCUAAACAUCCUGAAACAGCUAAAUCACACUACAAUAUUGGUGAAAUACUACAACACAUGGGUGAGUACAAAGAGGCACUUGACUAUCUUAAAAAUUGCCUGCAGGUAGAGGAAGAGGUCCUAGGUCUUAAACAUCCUGACACAGCUAAAUCAUACAGAAGUAUUGGUGGAAUACUACAAGACAUGGGUGAGUACAAAGAGGCACUUGACUAUCUUAAAAAGUGCCUGCAGAUAGAGAAAGAGUUCCUAGGUCUAAAACACCCUGAUAUUGCUACCUCAUACAACAAUAUUGGAAAUGUACUGAGAAGAAUGGGUAGGUACAAAGAGGCACUUGACUAUCAUAGAAAAUGUCUAGAAGUAAGGGAAGAGGUCCUAGGUCCCAAACAUCCUCAUACUGCUGCCUCAUAUGACAAUAUUGGUUGUGUACUGGAAGCCAUGGGUAAGUACAAAGAGGCACUUGAUUGUCAUAAAAAAUGUCUGGAGGUAAAGGAAGAGGUCCCAGGUUCCAAACACCCUGACAUAGCUAAUUCAUACAACAAUACUGGCUACAUACUGCAAGUCAUGUGUAGGUUCAAAGAGGCACUUGACUAUCAUAAAAAAUGCCUGGAGGUAAGGGAAGAGUUUCUAGGUUCCAAACACCCUGACACUGCUAAAUCAUACAACAAUAUUGGUGGAGUACUACAAGAAAUGGGCCUGAAGCUGGAGGAGGGGGUCAAUCGAAUCGCACUUUUUGCCAGAUAA